UAAUGCGAAGCCUUGUGUGCCCCGCUCUAUCACUGCUCUGCCGUUUCCAUGGCGACAGUGCCCUCUCUGGGUACAUGGGCUGGAGAAGUUGCUCUGGCUCUGCGUCAUAUUUAUUCCACUCUCCUGCCUCCUACACUCCGACACAUUCGCUUCCUCUCCUUUGUUCUGCCGUCGCUGAAUUUCUCAGUACAAACACACACUCAUCACACGUCUGUGCACCAGACACAACGCAGACUGUAUCGCACGGAGAAAGUUCCGGUUCCUUCUGAGAGGAAGCCCAUGCUGACAGAACGUGGGGGAGAAGCAGCCAUUCUGUGCGGAGUAGGGCCAAACAUGUGAGAAGAUGUCUGUUGGAGGCUGUGCUUGCCCUGGCUGUUCUUCUAAGUCAUUCAAGCUGUACUCUCCAAAGGAGCCCCCAAACGGUAGCGCCUUCCCCCCGGGCACCAUGCUGGACCGAGAUGUGGGACCGACACCAAUGUAUCCCCCUACGUACAUGGAGCCAGGAAUAGGGAGACCCACACCGUACGGCAACCAAUCAGACUACAGGAUGUUUGAGCUGAACAAGCGGCUGCAGAACUGGACGGAGGACUGUGACAAUUUGUGGUGGGAUGCCUUCACUACCGAGUUCUUCGAGGACGACGCCAUGUUGACCGUCACUUUUUGUCUGGAGGAUGGGCCCAAGCGAUACACCAUUGGCCGGACAUUGAUCCCGCGGUACUUUCGUAGCAUUUUUGAAGGGGGCGCCACUGAGCUGUACUACAUCCUGAAGCACCCCAAGGAGACCUUCCACAGUAACUUUGUGUCUCUGGACUGUGACCAGUGCACCAUGGUCACUCAAAACGGCAAGCCCAUGUUCACACAGGUGUGCGUGGAAGGCCGGCUGUACCUGGAGCUCAUGUUUGAUGACAUGAUGAGAAUCAAAACCUGGCACUUCAGCAUCCGGCAGCAUCGUGAGCUGAUCCCGCGCAGCAUCCUGGCCAUGCAUGCUCAAGACCCCCCGAUGCUUGACCAGCUUUCGAAAAACAUCACCAGAUGCGGCCUCUCCAACUCCACGCUCAACUACCUCCGACUGUGUGUGAUCCUGGAGCCCAUGCAGGAGCUGAUGUCCCGGCACAAGACCUACAGCCUGAGCCCCCGAGACUGCCUCAAGACCUGCCUGUUCCAGAAGUGGCAGAGAAUGGUGGCCCCGCCAGCGGAGCCCGCCAGGCAGGCGCCCAGCAAGCGGAGGAAGAGGAAGGUGUCCGGGGGCAGCACCGCCGGCGGCGCCGGGGCUCCCAGCAGCAACAGCAAGAAGAAGAGCCCGGCCAGCAGCUUCGCCCUCUCCAGCCAGGUACCUGACGUGAUGGUGGUGGGCGAGCCCACGCUGAUGGGCGGGGAGUUCGGGGACGAGGACGAGCGGCUGAUCACGCGGCUGGAGAACACGCAGUUCGACGCGGCCAACGGCAUCGACGACGAGGACAGCUUCAACGGCUCGCCCGCGCUGGGCGCCAACAGCCCCUGGAACAGCAAGGCGCCCUCCAGCCAGGAGAGCAAGAGCGACAACCCCGCGUCGCAGGCGUCCCAGUGAAGCAGGGCGGCGGGAGGAGGAGGGCACUGGCACCAGCCUGCCCGUGGAAUCACACUUACCAAGCGGCACCCAGCUCAGGACCAUGCCCUGCUUUCGGCUCCCAUCGCCAGGCCAAUAUUAGGCAGGACCCCUUCUCACUGCAGGACUUUUAAUUUACUGCCGCAGGACAUGGCCUAUUCCUCCUACGCCCCCCUCUGAAAACAGCAAAAAGGGUCUCUCAUUACAUUACAUGACAGCUAUUUAGCAGACGCUCUUAUCCAGAGCGACUUACACAAGUUUUUACACAGCGUUUAUAUUGCAUCCAUUUAUACACAUGGAUAUGUACUGAAGCGAUGCAGGUUAAGUACCUUGCUCAAGGGUACCACGGCAGUGUCAUACCCGGGAAUUGAACCCGUGACUUUUAGGUUACAAGACCGGCUCCUGUCCUCAGCUGUCACCGGAGUCACGGUCGAAAAGAGGUGGGUCCUGUCCUGACCGUCUCUCAGAGCCGUUUGGACCGUGUGCUUGCUCAGAAGACCAGCGCUGUGGAUUCUUGUUCCAACCUCGGGCCUCUGCAAGCCGCUCUUUUGUGAUGCUUUCUCGAAGCUGGAUCCCUCUCUUUUACAGUCUGCCCUCAGCAAUAUUUCAUGGCAUCUUUGAAGAAAAAACGAUUUUACUCUGAGCACUUCACAUUAGAACGCUUAAGAUUUUCAAAGUAAAAUUAUUUUUGACUUAUUGUUUUCAUGUGUUUUUGUAUGACCUGGUAAGAACAAAAAAAUCUGUACUGUGAAGAAGAAGGACUGGAGUUGAGAACCACGGCAUUAAAUCUUUAUAAACAGACCGUUGUAGUGAGGUACUGGGGGUUUGGUAGCUGGGGGACACACUAAUGCCACCAAACAUAACUUCACACUCUACACAAGUUGUUGCUGAAGUGUCUUUUUAAUUUUAUUUAAAAAAAAAUGUUAGUAGAAACUGACAAACAAAAUACACCCCUGGAAUAUUCUUUACACUGUUUUCACUGCAUCUUCUAUUUUUCAUAUGAAGUUUUUUAAAAUUGUUUUAAUAACUGUUCUAUCUUCAUAAUGUUGUACCAUGAAAGCUCCAAUUCGUGUAACUGGAGAAAAGAAAUCUAUGUAAAUGUAUAACUCUUAAUCCUAGAUCAUUUUGUAUCAUGACUAUUUUACGAUGGCGAUUAUUUCACAGAAGUCAUUUGGGCUUUGAUCUGAGCCGCAGACCAAACUGUUCACGUCUCAGUUUUUGGUCUGUGCUUCGGGUGAUCAAAGCGGUCAGAUAAUAGUGUUGAUGUAUCGUUGAAACAAAUAGACCGGCUAAACACUUAACGUCCCCUAUAAUUCCCAGUACGUCCGUUAAGCUGAAUGUGAUAGGUGUCAUUGUAAAUACGAUCAUGUGUCAUGUGUUAAAUUAAUGUUGGGUAAGCUAGAGGUGAGGUUUGCCUGCAGUAUAAGUUUUCUCAGUAUAAGCUAUUUAUAUCCGUACAAGGAAGUGCUGCUCUGCCCUCUGCGCAGGUCGAGUGGUGGCCUGGAACAGAGCCGUUACUUCAUGCACGUGACCUCAGGUUCAGCAGAACGGGAGAUGAGGGCAUCUGUUCAAUCUUAAACCUUUAAUGUGUUUGCUUGCAUAAAUACUAGCCUGGCUUUCACUUUGCUGAGUAAGGCCUGCAUUUAUCAAGCUUCUCUGCAAGAGUGCUGACCCCGGAUCAGUUUUAUUAGAGAUCUCAUAAUGCGUAAAGUUAGACGAUGGACCAGGGAAACCUGACCCUAGUUCGUUGCUCCAACUCUGAAAUAAAUAUGAAUAUGGUCCUAAGUCUUGCUUUUGACAGAACAUUUUAAAACAAAUUUUAACAGCCCUCAAGUUCCCAAUAAUGCUUUUAUAUUGUUUUUUGAAAGCUACAGACCAAGAACUACUGGCAGGAUCCUUUAAAAUUCUCACCGUAAAAUAUAUUGGUUUAUAUUUUUUAGAA